AAUAUUUUGUUAACAGAGGCAACUUCAACCGCCUCUGUUUCUUUCUUUCUUCUUCCUUCUUCCUUAUUGAAAUCGAAAACUCUCUCACGAAUGGGUUCUACAAGUCGAGAUCUCGUCUUCCUCAUCAUCGCUCUCUUUGCUUCGAUCCUCUUCCUUCAGAUUUCCUCGUUACCGGAUCCGUCUUUCUACGAUUACCUCCGGGAGAGCAACCUCCCCGCCGGUAUAGUUCCAAAGGGAGUUACUAAUUUCUCGGUCGACGUCAAUACGGGGAGUUUCACUGUCGCUCUCCCUGUUCCUUGCGUUGCUAAAUUCGAGAACCAGUUCCACUUCGACUACAACAUCACCGGCGUACUCUCCGAUGGACGGAUCGGGAAUCUAUCUGGUGUGAAGCAGAAGGAGCUUUUCCUUUGGUUUGCUGUCAAGGGGAUACAUGUUGAUCCGGAGAGCUCUGGGUUGAUUCACUUCGAUGUUGGUGUUGCUGAUAAGCAGCUUUCUCUUUCCCUCUUUGAGUCUCCUCGAGAUUGUACUGCUGCGGCGGAAUCUAAACACCGUGAUCUUGAUCCCUCUAGUCCCCGUGAUUUCGAGAAGCAAACUGAAGAUACUCAAUCGACAAUGCAGAAGCGAUCCGAAGAUAUCCAAUCGAUCUUUGGACCAGGAAGAAAUCGUUGGACAGUACCAUCAUAGGGUUUUUUUGAUCGAGGCUUAGAAGGAAAAUGCUAAUUCCCUUGGUGGUGACUUGUAAAAAGUUUGGCUUCUAGGUUUUUUUUUUUUUUUUUGGGUGUGUAUACUAUAAGCUUUUCAAUAACUGCAAUAGACUAAACUUAGGAGGUAUGGAUAACGUUUGGUUUUGCUUACAGAUGAUUAGGGGUUAUAAGACAUAUAUAUACAUAUAUGCUUGUGGAUUUUUCAUGAGACACACUGCUGUGUUUUAUUAUCACACACUCUUUUAUUGGGUGGGUUUUUUACAUUACUAAAAGAAAGGAUUUAAAAAUA